GUGACCCCUUCCCCCACGGAGUUGGACAACCUCAUGUGUGUGCGCAAUACGUUGGCGUUGCAUUUGGCCAGGAAGAGUCUGCCGGCUACUAUAGGAACCAAGAGGGAAUGUGAACGGUGCCCUAUGGCCUCUCACUGUGUUGCUGCGCAUUUCAUACUGGAGAAAAA